GUUUAAAAUUACUGCUUUACCUGUAGAUUCUGGGAAUUGUUUAUGUUUUAAUUUUAACUGUGGCAUAUUAUUUCUUAUCUUAGUUGCUUGAAUGACUUGCUUGAAGAAUCAAUUUGAUGAGGAUUCUGAAAUCGAUGCCGAACCGCCCUGUCCGGUAUCAUGCAGUGUGCAGAAUGUCGAAAGGCUUAAUAUGAAGGACUUCUCGAACGGAGAUUUCUAUGUUGGUGAUUUUAAGGAAGUUCUUCCCCAUGGAAAGGGGAAGUACACAUGGUCAGAUGGAACGGUGUAUGAGGGUGACUGGAUAGGAGGGAAAAUGACAGGUAAAGGAGCGUUGCUUUGGCCAUCGGGAGAAAAGUACAAUGGCGAUAUAUCAGGGGGUUACCUUCAUGGUUCUGGCACGCUUACAUCGACCGAUGGAUCCUUAUACAAGGGACAAUGGAGGAUGAAUAUACAACAUGGAUAUGGAAGAAAGAAGUACUCCAACUCGGAUGUUUAUGAAGGAGAAUGGAAAGAAGGAGAGCCUGAAGGUAAUGGUAGAUACUUUUGGAACAACGGAAACAAAUAUACCGGGAAUUGGAAACGUGGGAAAAUGCAUGGUAGAGGUGUUAUGGAAUGGGGAAACGGUGAUCAGUACAAUGGCUGUUGGUUAAAUGGCUUCAAACAUGGCUCCGGGAUUUAUCAGUAUGCAGACGGAGGGUACUAUUUCGGAACAUGGACCCGAGGCCUUAAAGAUGGAAAAGGAGUAUUCUAUCCUGCUGGAAGUAUCUCUCUGGGGUAUGAUAAUGGUCCUAAAAGAGGGUUAUCUCAAUGUUCUUCACUCAAUUUGGAGGAACGUGCGGUCAAGAAACCGAGUGUUAAGCGAAGUUUUUCUGAGAAGAUCUCGGUAAGUGGAGCUUUGAGUUCAGGUCGAAUAUCGCACAAGAAUUCUGAGAGUUCUAGUCAUUCUGAUUCUGCUAAAGAAUUUGUACGCCACAAUUCCUCGGGCACAUUCUCCCUUGGUUCUGAUGCUGGUCAGAGUGCGGUGCAAGAAAACGCUGCCGUAGUUUACGAGAGGGAAUACAUGCAAGGAGUUAUGAUUAAAGAGAGAGUAAGAGAUUACAUUGAAUUAUCACGGAAAGCUGAAAAGAAAACUAAACGACAUGCCAAGGAAACAGAAAAGAUUCCGUGUGUUGCCAUUUUCAAAGGCAAAAACAGCUAUCAUUUGAUGCUUAAUUUGCAACUUGGUAUAAGGUAUACCGUUGGCAAGAUAACACCAGUGCCUAAGCGUGAGGUUCGAAUUGCUGAUUUUGGAGAUCGAGCUAGAAUUACUAUGUUUUUCCCUAGAAGGGGUUCACAUUUUACACCUCCACACAAAUCUAUUGAUUUUUACUGGAAGGAUUAUUGUCCUAUGGUUUUCAGGAAUCUGAGAGAGAUGUUCAAGCUAGAUGCAGCAGAGUACAUGAUGUCCAUUUGCGGAGACGAUGGUCUAACGGAGAUUUCUUCUCCAGGGAAAAGUGGCAGUAUCUUCUAUCUGUCUCAUGAUGAUAAAUUUGUGAUCAAGACAUUGAAAAAAUCUGAACUCAAGGUUUUACUGAAGAUGCUGCCAAAAUAUUACAAUCAUGUGAAAGCCUACGAAAAUACACUCAUAACAAAAUUUUUCGGCGUCCACCAGAUAACUUUACCUGGAAGAAGAAAGGUACGCUUUGUGGUGAUGGGGAAUAUGUUUUGCACAGAACUCCGGAUUCAUCGUCGUUAUGAUCUAAAGGGAUCAACUCAUGGAAGAUGUACCGAUAAAGAAAAAAUUCAUGAAAAUACCACAUUGAAGGAUCUUGAUCUAUCAUAUGAGUUUCAUAUGGACAAAUCAUUGCAAAAAUUCCUUUUUCACCAAAUUGCUGUAGACUGUAACUUCUUGAAAUCUCAACAGAUAAUUGAUUAUAGCCUUCUACUUGGGUUGCAUUUUCGAGCUCCUGAGCAACUAAACGGUCUGCUGGAACCUCCUAACAUUGAGAUCUCACCAGCUGAUCAAGGUCUGACCACGGGAGGAGAAGUGUUAUUUCCUUCAAAAGGCUUGCUGUUGGUGGCCCACGAACCCAGUUCUGUUAACACCGAACCCGGUCCUCACAUCCGAGGAAGGCCGUUAAGGGCUUUCUCUCUCGGUGACAGAGAAGUUGAUGUUUUGGUGCCUGGUACUGGAAGGUUACAAGUACAAUUAGGAGUGAACAUGCCCGCACAAGCUAACCAAAAGCUUUCCGGGGAUAAAGCUGAUUCAGCCGAAGUUGAACUUUUCGAGGUUUAUGAUAUGGUCAUCUAUAUGGGAAUUAUUGACAUUUUACAGGAAUACAAUGUAAAGAAAAAGGCCGAGCAUGCAUACAAAUCAGUGAAAUUCGACCCCUUGUCAAUAUCGGUUGUUGAACCCGAGCUUUAUGCUCAACGUUUCAUCAAUUUCUUACAGAAAAAAGUUUUCCCAGAACAACCCUGAAAAAA